AUGAAACGAAGGUUGAGCAAGAUGGCGGAAGUGAAGUUCGAACCUGAAGAAGUGCGACAAACAGCGUCAGCACUUAUGGCGCAAUUGGCAUCAGCAUUAUUAGAAAAAUCUGCGGAUAGUUGUGCGGUGCGCUUCGGCCGCGUUGCGUUUGAUGACCAGGAGCAGCAGAGCGUAAAUGCUUUUCUGCACCAGAAGCUGGGCAAGGAUAGUAUAGCCCGUCGGCCAGGGCCUGGUGGUCGCAAGUUAAUAUACAUCGAAAGUUGCAAAGCCAUUGAAUUGGCUAAUCGCGCAUUUGGUUUCAAUGGCUGGUCAUGCCGUAUCGUCGAGUGCCAAGAGGAAUAUAAAGAGAAAAAGGGUGACAGGUGGAGUAUUGCUUAUAGCUCAUUGGUGCGCAUUGAGCUUAAGGAUGGUACGAGUCACGAGGAUGUGGGCUUUGGCACAUCAGAUGGACAGAGAGAUCUGGGUGCGGCGUUGGAGCAAGCUAAGAAGGCAAGUAUUUCGGAUGCAAGGAAACGAGCAUUGAGGCUUUUUGGAGAAUACCUGGGUAACUCAUGCUAUGACAAAGACCAUAUCAAAGACGUCAACUCGAACAGGCCUAUGGCUCCGGUAGCCGCCACGCCACAUGUAACAAUUCCAGAACAAAAGCAGCAGACUCAAGAGGCCAGCACUACUGCAGAGAGUAUUCAAUCUGAAGCGCGUAUCUCAUCAUGUCAACCACAACACUUCCAGGCCCAGCAACAACAACUGCCCCAGCAACAACAGCAAGAUCAAACUCAACAGCGUGCACUGAAUCAGCAACCUCAGCAACAAUGUCGUCAGCCGCAAUCACAGGUUCCUCAUCAAUUGACUCAGCAGCAACAAUCUCAGCAUCGACCACAACAUUGGAAGCCUCCUCAAAUCAUGUGCAAACCUAAUGCUACAGCAAUGCAGGAACAUACUCAGACCAAGUUGAGUGCCAAAGUGACUAAUAAAAUGCUCUCACCAAAACAGAUGGCUAAGAGCAAUACACUGCAUGCUAGGCAUGGAGCUCUUACAACACCAGACUUGACUUUAAGUCCGUUUCCUCAUCCGCAGCGCUGGGUGUCUUCGAAUGCUCCACCUAGGCCACGCGUGGUGACUGCGCCAGCAAUCGUGAAAGUUGAGCAAUCCGUGGCAGAGCCGACUCGGCCGAACGCGCAAUACAGCAUAGAAGACCUCAGCUUCUCGCAAUUUGAUUAUGAUCCUAAUACCGACAACGACAAUCCUGCGAAAAAGAUGCGGCCAGGAUAA